AGGAGCGCCACGCACAGCAAGGCCCAAUCAGAGGCCGCGGCUGGGGCGGGGGCGGGGGCGGGGCUGGGCAAGCGCCUUCGCACCUCCCAGCCUCUCGCCGCGGCCGGCGGAGCCUCGCGGGCUUGGGCAGGCCCCGCCCCCUGGCCAGGCGCGGCGGCGAUUGGGCGGCGCGCUCCUCGCCGGGGCCUCAGCUGCGGGGAGAGGGCGGGCGGGGGCGGGGGCGGGGCCUGAGGCUGAGGUGGGCCGGCGCUGGGGGGUGGGCGGGGGCCGGAGAGAGCGGGGGGACGCGAGGGCGGGCUGGGGCGCAGCCUUCCCGGGGCGAGCAACGUCCAGAGCCGGGGCCCGAGCUGCUGCCCUGCCUGCCCGCGCCCCGGCGCUACCUCAUGCUGCCCGCGCCCGUGCUGGGCUCGGCCGAGACCCCGCCGCCCGUCCCCGCCCCCGGCUCGCCGGUCAGCGGCUCUUCGCCGUUCGCCACCCAAGUUGGAGUCAUUCGAUGUCCAGUUUGCAGCCAAGAGUGUGCAGAGAGAGACAACAUAGAUAACUUUUUUGUGAAGGACACUACUGAGGUUCCCAGCAGUACAGUAGAAAAGUCUAAUCAGGUAUGCACAAGCUGUGAGGAUAAUGCAGAAGCUAAUGGGUUUUGUGUAGAAUGUGUUGAGUGGCUCUGCAAGAUAUGCAUCAGAGCUCAUCAAAGAGUGAAGUUCACAAAAGACCACACUGUAAGACAGAAGGAGGAAGUAUCUCCAGAGGCAGUGGGUGUGACCAGCCAGCAACCAGUGUUUUGUCCUUUUCAUAAGAAGGAACAGCUAAAGCUUUACUGUGAAACAUGUGACAAACUGGCAUGCCGGGACUGCCAGUUAUUAGAGCAUAAAGAGCAUAGGUACUGACAUCUUUAAUUAUAGACCCACAUUUAUAAUAAGCUAUAUGAGGAAUAGAGGACUGCUGGAACCCCAGCCAAAUGGCAGUCAACAAAUAAAGUUUUUUUGGCC